GUUAUUUGAGCAGCUGGUUCGUUCAGAUUCGAGUAGGGUUUAAACUAACCGAACCAUCUCAUUACAAAAUUAGAGUAACUGAACCAAAAUUCAAAAAAUGUUAAUCUCAUUCUCUAAACCGGGUUUGAACCCUAAUCCCUAUUUUUCAGACUUCGAUUGCGGCAAGUUCUAGAGACGGGUGAAUACCGAAGAAUUCCACGAACAUCAUUCGAGCGUUCCUUCCACAAAGAGGUCUACCAUUACGAUUUGCGUGUCUGUUAUCAAGUCCAAGUUUUCUGGGUAAUGUGGUGUGAUUUAACCGUGCAACCAACUUGCUAGUUCAAACCUCUUGUUUCUCUGAUUUAGCCCAUCCCUUGGGAUCAAUCUUCCUCUCCCUCUUUGUGUGUUUGCGUUGGACUAGAUCAACAUGUCGACUUUUGGAGCCGCAAAUACCAAUCCCAACAAAUCGUAUGAGAUAACACAGCCACCGGGUGAUUCUAUUUCGAGUCUUUCCUUCAGUCCCAAGGCCAAUUUCCUCAUGGCAACUUCAUGGGACAACCAGGUUCGGUGUUGGGAGGUAUCAAGGAAUGGAACUGUUAUUACCAGUACACCCAAGGCUUCAAUUUCUCAUGAUCAACCAGUUUUGUGCUCCACUUGGAAGGAUGACGGAACAACAGUUUUUUCUGGAGGUUGUGAUAAGCAGGCUAAGAUGUGGCCGCUUUUGUCAGGGGGGCAACCAGUGACUGUUGCCAUGCAUGAUGCUCCCAUCAAAGAGAUUGCAUGGAUACCAGAGAUGAAUCUUUUAGCCACAGGAAGCUUGGACAAAACCAUUAAGUAUUGGGAUACUAGGCAGUCCAAUCCAGUGCACACUCAACAACUCCCUGAUCGCUGUUAUACAAUGUCGGUGAAAUAUCCUCUGAUGGUAGUGGGAACAGCAGAUAGGAAUCUGAUUGUCUUCAACUUGCAGAAUCCUCAGACCGAGUACAAAAGAAUAGUAUCACCCUUGAAAUAUCAGACAAGAUGUGUUGCUGCUUUUCCAGAUCAACAAGGAUUUUUGGUUGGCUCAAUAGAAGGAAGGGUUGGAGUACAUCACCUUGAUGAUACACAACAAAGCAAGAAUUUUACUUUUAAAUGCCACAGAGAAAGUAAUGAGAUAUAUUCUGUCAACUCCUUAAGUUUCCAUCCGGUACAUCACACUUUUGCAACUGCUGGAUCUGAUGGUGCUUUUAAUUUCUGGGAUAAGGAUAGUAAACAAAGACUCAAGGCUAUGCAAAGGUGUAGUCAGCCCAUACCUUGCGGUGCAUUCAAUAAUGAUGGUUCAAUAUAUGCUUACGCGGUUUCCUAUGAUUGGAGCAAAGGUGCAGAAAAUCACAAUCCAACUACAGCAAAGAACUACAUUUAUAUGCACUUACCACAGGAGUCUGAGGUUAAAGGUAAGCCGCGAGCUGGAUCUACUGGCAGAAGGUGAAGUUUGGUGUACAAGGUUCUGUGUUGUGGUUGCAUUCACAACAAGAUUUUGAGACUGGAAGCAACAGAUAGGUCAAUUAAUGAUUCGGGACAACAGUUAAAAUGAUUAGAUUCUAACUCAUUCUUUGAUUUUCAACCAAAAAUUUCUCUUAGAUUUGCCCCAUUUUUCUACUCUGCCAGUGUACUUUCAUCAUGAUUUAGGGCUAGACUGCCACUCUUCUUUAUCAUAUGUACAUAUUUAAAUGAUGCGGAUAUCUUAUACAAUUUGUGUGGAUUGUGGAUGUAUUGAUGGCUUCUUUUCAUACAUAGAGAGAAGCAAUGUACGAGACUUGAAUAAAUGGCAUCAUUGUUCAACUA